UAAAUACCCAAUUUUCUCUUUGCGCCUUUCCACUUCACAAAAGAAAGUUAAUUUUUUGAUUAUCAAAAAUUAUCCAAUUAAAAAUAGCAAUAAAUAGUUCGGAAAUCAAUCCAUAUUAAAAUCACCCUCUGAUUUGUGGCUUAUGUUCAAUCUGAAGUGAAAAGUGAGGUCAAGACAAGAAAUAAUAUAAAUAAACUAUUGUACAGUAACUUUAUAAUUAUAAUAUCAUAUUAUUAAUUAUCUAACUGACAAGUGAAAAUGUUACGAAGUUGACGUUCUUCCCACUAUCAGUCGAAACCUAGUGUGGGGGUUUUAAGCCGAAGAAAUGACGGACAUAGUCGCCAAUGUGCUUAACUCUGUGAAAAACUUCUUUUCACAGCAUUCGCCUUUCGGAAAUCCAGCCGCCGCCGUUGUACCUCCCCGGGGGCAAGUGAACGGACGAGUGCACCGUCAUCAGCUUGAAUUUGGACAAGUUCCGAGACUUUUUUCUGUUUCGAGUGACGACAAUUAUUCUAGGAAACGUCCCUUCGAAAGAAUAAUCGAAGUUGAGCAAGAGAUAGAACUAACUGACGACGAGGACGAAUGCUCUCCCAAUAAUUCCCAUUUUUCUCGUACUUCGACCCACGAUUAUUUCCCGAAACGAUUCAAAAGUUGGGCUCAUGAUAAUACGUUUGAGUUUUUUGAUGAGAUGCAUAAGAAAACGAGGAGUGCCUGUCCGAACCCCAAUAUUCCCGGCGUAGAACGCCAGCCUUGGGAGUUUAACUUCCCCGAGCCCAAAAGCCAAACGGGCAACAAGACAUCAGACAUAACACCAUCCAAGAAUAAGACAUUGAAACAGAAUAAUGUCGCUUCUUCUUCCUCAUCUGCUCCUCCUCAACCUGGCGAUAAGCAUCCGAAUAAUACAUCUACGCCAGCCGGUAUGCGUGAAAGUAAGACGAGGACUUCAGGAAAUCACGUGGGUAGCAGUUUCUCUGGAAGUCAUACUUCGGGAGCUAACAAGACUAAUAAGGAUGUGGAACUAAUUACAAUAAUUGAUGACGACACGAUAGCAGUUGAUCAUCAUCAAGCCUCAUCCUCAUCCCAAUUUACUGCACGUUGCAACAAUAAAAAGAAAGUUGAUACUGUGUUACCGCCGAACACUACUUUGAAGAAAUCCUUCAUGUCACUAUUAUGUAAUACAGGAAAAAAGGCAGUUGAUCCGAUUUCAAGCACUAUUCGUUUAGAAGAAAAAAAUGCGUAUAAGGAUAUGCUUCUAAAAGCGGCGGCUAAAAAAUCGUCGAUAUUUGGUAGACAUUUGCAACGAUCCAAGAUUAACAAUUCUGAAGCCCUAGCACUUUAUCACAACUGGCCGGCCUCUAGUCCAACAGUGUCGUUUAAAUAUGGACGAGAAUCCAAAACUUUGGGGUUAUCGGAACGAGUGAAACAAGACCUUCGACUUUUCUCGACACCCACCGGAUCAAGAUCUUCAACCGGCAGUACACCAAUUGGAUCAUCAUCACCACCCAUUUUGAUUGACUUGGACGAUGAAGAAAAAGAAAAAUCACAGCAGCUUGUACCAUCCAACAAUUACAAGUUAACAUCACCACCACCAAGACACCCGGCCCCCACAGCCUUGUCCCUUUCAACUAGUUUCGCAGACCUGGAUGACGCCUUAAAUUCAACGAAAUAUGAAUAUUACACGGAUGAAGACAGUACUCCGACUCCUGAUCCUGACCAGAAAGCGAUUUGUGGCAGUGAGGAAAGCGAUCAGCUGCCGAAAGACGACGACAUUGUAAUUUUAUCGGAAAAAAUAAGGGAUAAGUACAGCAGUAGUCGGAUAAAUAGUCUCGCUCUGGAGCAAAACCUGUCACCCUAUAUUAACAGAUCGUGGCUAAGCGGAGUCUCAACAUUGCGGCGUGAUUAUCAAAAACGACUAGACCGAGAAAUACAAGAGCAUUUACAAACCGUGGACGUUCUCAACACCGAGUCAACGCUGGAAAAAGACCUACGCGAAGAUAUUCGACGGAAAUUAACCUUAACCGAAAUUAUCGUGCUUGAAGAACCUCCUCCAAAAUUGCCCGAUCUAACGCAAGCUAUACGUAUCAUUAUUGACACGGCGAAACGACCUGGAAGAGAUGACGACAUUCUCGCGAAACGCUUCAAUAUCGAUUUCACAAGGGGAGACGUGAAGACUUUGGCUCCAUGCAAGUGGUUAAACGACAAUGUUGUCAACGCGUAUAUGGAACUCAUUUCGCAACGAAGCAAAGCUCAGCAAGAUGUCCCCAAGACGCACGCUUUUACAACUUUCUUUUACCCUAAACUACUUAAGGAAGGGUAUUCCAACGCGUUGAAGCGUUGGACGAGAAAGGUGGACAUUUUCGACCACGAUUUACUAGUUUUUCCAAUUCACUUGGGCCUCCAUUGGUGUUUAGCUUGUGCGGAUUUGAGACAUAAGACUGUCAAAUAUUACGAUUCUCUCGGUGGUAAAAACGACAAAUGUUUAAAUGCGUUGUUGAACUAUCUUGCUCAAGAAAUGCGAGAACGUAAAGGAACCCUACUUAAUAAGGAGGAGUGGGAAUUAGAAAACGUGGAUGACGUACCCCAACAACAAAACGGCAGCGACUGUGGUGUCUUCACGUGCAAAUUUGCCGAAUAUUUAUCCAGAGAUGCGGACUUAACAUUUGUUCAGGAAAACAUGAACUAUUAUAGGGAACGAAUGGUGUACGAAAUCAUAGAAAAUGAUCUUAUGUACCCGUAAUAAAUGAAUGUGCCAUAUUUGCAUAGCCUAUAUUUUUAACUAGCAAAGUAUAGCCGUAGAUUUAUACGGCAUUUAUGUUCUGUAUUAUUAGUAAACUUUGUAAUUAACCUUUCACUUUACAAGUUUCCAUUUCCUUUUGAGGUUGAUCUACACAUAUAAUUUUGGAAAUUUUUUCCAUCUUCAAUUACUUAUUGCUAUCACUAACCUACCUGCUUAGUUAAGCCCGCAUGACGUAUAAAACUUCGUAUUUAUAAUGAAGCUACUACUUGUAUGCAAAUCUAUUGUAAGUAUUUUUGUAAGGUAUCAAAAAUAUAAUAAAAAUUAAAUUAACCAAUUCAAUGAACGAAUAUAAGAAUAAACUUAUGAUGAUUAAUAAUUAUCAAUGAA